AUGCGGCAUGCCUUCUUUGCCUGUAACCGGGAAGACAAGGCCUACGCAGGCGUCGCCACUGUCUGCCGCGCUGCCGCCACUGUCCCGCUGUCAGCCGAGGAGGGCUUCACGGGCCUGCUGGCCCUGACCCCAGCUGAGAGAGACCCACGCGUUUCCCCUGGCCCUGCCCCCGGCUCCCUCUGGGCCGGCUACACCUGGGAGCAGCUGGACGCGAUCGAGCGCGAGGGCCGCGUGCUGGUGACCGACCAUGGCGCGUUCGUGCUCAUAAACGUGUACGGCCCCAACGUGGGCGGCAAGGGGGGCGGGCUGGACGCGGAGGGACGGGUGGAGGAGCGGCGCGCGUACAAGGGAGAGUUUUACAAGGGGGUGAGUGGCGUCGUUCUUUGA